AGGGCCAGCUGAGCUAUCCCGUCAGACCGCGCCAGUUUGAAUGAAAGCUCCACAAGAUGGCGGCGGCCGGGGCUGAGGCGCAAGGAGCUUGGUGUGUGCCUUGCCUAGUUUCACUUGAUACUCUUCAGGAAUUAUGUAGAAAAGAAAAACUCACAUGUAAAUCGAUUGGAAUCACCAAAAGGAAUCUAAACAAUUAUGAGGUGGAAUACUUGUGUGACUACAAGGUAGAAAAGGAUAUGGAAUAUUAUCUUGUAAAAUGGAAAGGAUGGCCAGAUUCUACAAAUACUUGGGAACCUUUGCAAAAUCUCAAGUGCCCAUUACUGCUCCAGCAGUUCUCUAAUGACAAGCAUAAUUAUUUAUCUCAGGUAAAGAAAUGCAAAGCAAUAAUUCCAAAAUACAAUAACAAAGCUUUGAAACCUGCUGUUGCUGAAUACAUUGUAAAGAAGGCUAAACAGAGGAUAGCUCUGCAGAGAUGGCAAGAUGAACUCAACAGAAGAAAGAAUCAUAAAGGAAUGAUAUUUGUUGAAAAUACUGUUGACUUAGAGGGCCCACCUUCUGACUUCUACUACAUCAAUGAAUACAAGCCAGCUCCUGGAAUCAGCUUAGUAAAUGAAGCUACUUUUGGUUGUUCAUGCACAGAUUGCUUCUUUGAGAAAUGUUGUCCUGCUGAAGCUGGAGUUCUUUUGGCUUAUAAUAAAAACCAACAAAUUAGAAUCCCACCUGGCACCCCCAUUUAUGAAUGCAACUCGAGGUGCCGAUGUGGACCUGAUUGUCCCAAUAGGAUUGUACAAAAAGGCACACAAUAUUCACUUUGCAUCUUUCGAACUAGCAAUGGCUGUGGCUGGGGUGUAAAAACACUUGUGAAGAUUAAAAGAAUGAGUUUUGUCAUGGAAUAUGUUGGAGAGGUACGUUCAACUUAUCACAUAGCAGAUGAUGUGCAUGUGAUCACAAGUGAAGAAGCUGAAAGACGUGGACAGUUCUAUGACAACAAAGGAAUAACUUAUCUCUUUGAUCUGGACUAUGAAUCUGAUGAAUUCACAGUGGAUGCAGCUCGAUAUGGAAAUGUGUCUCAUUUUGUGAAUCACAGUUGUGACCCAAAUCUUCAGGUGUUCAAUGUUUUCAUUGAUAACCUUGAUACUCGUCUUCCACGAAUAGCAUUAUUUUCUACAAGAACCAUAAAUGCUGGUGAAGAGCUCACUUUUGAUUAUCAAAUGAAAGGUUCUGGAGAUAUAUCUUCAGAUUCUAUUGAUCACAGCCCAGCCAAAAAGAGAGUCAGAACUGUAUGCAAAUGUGGAGCUGCGACUUGCAGAGGUUACCUCAACUGAAUUUUUGGAAAAUACAGCUGGUGAUAAUUAUAAUUUUGUUUUUCUCAAAUGCUAUCAUUUUUAAAACAUACAUUUGGGACUUUCUUCAUAGUAUUACAGUUAUACCUAUGUUAAUUCACAAUUAAUGUUUCAAGACAUUUGCCAAAUGCAUUAUUGCUCUUUCUGAAGAGAGGGACCCAAGGUCACAUGGAGUAAUGAUAAGUAUCCAUACUUAAUGGCUAGAUACCCCACAUGGCAGACAAACUGUUUUCAGGUCAGCAUAUGCAUACUGAGUCUGUGUAAAUAGAGAAAUGCCUCAACUAUUUGGAAAGUGUUAAACUGAUAAUGUGACAGUUGCCGAGAUCACAGUCAACCUGCCAUACACCUUAAAUUCAGAGAGUUAAUUCAGUUUGAGUAAAUAUACAUGUUCUAUUUUUGUUACUAUAUUGUCAUUCCUGUUUAAUAUUCACUGUACUUGUAUUUGAAAUAGACGAUGCUGAAUUUUAUACUUUUCUACUUUUUCAUUAAAACAUUGGCAUCUUAAUGAUAUAGAAAUGUAAGAUAAAUUAAAUGUAAAAGAAAUUAAUUCAGUUUGAUUUCAUAUUUUGAAGCAGUUCAUCGCAUUA